AUGAAUAAAACAAUGGAUGCUAUUGAAGGAAAAAAUGCUGUAUCAAUGUCAAGGGAAGAGAAGAAAGAACUUGUUCAAACAGAGGAAAAUGUCCUAAAAGAAGAUAUAAAAGACCUAGAGACAUGGGUUGAUUUAAUGGAGACCAUGGACGAUAAGCAGCUAGAGGGUUAUCUAAAAAAUAAUCCUGAUGAUUUAAAAAAGCCAAGGGACCAGAAGAUGAAGAAAAAGGUUCAAAGCACUGGCAAGUCGAAAUCAUCAAACUCUACUGGGAUAAUGGCUUCAGUUUGGAAGUUCGAUAAGAAUUUGAACUAA